UCCGCGCCCCCCGCCGGCACGCAGGGCGGCCUGGCCCUUUAAGCGUCCAGACGGCGGCCCCAGCUGACGCGCGGGCUCCAAUCGGCGCCCCGCGCCCCCCGCCCGCCGCGCCCGAGGCUCUGGGGCCGCAGCUGCUCGGCGGCUGGACUCGCCGCGGCCCUGCGCCUCCGCCCGCCCGGCCGCGCCCCCGGGGGCCAUGGUCGCGGGGCCCUGCGCGGGGGCGGCCCCCAGCGCGGCGCUUCAUGGAGCGGCCCCGGCCCGGCCGCCGGGGGCAGCGCGAUCCCGCGGGGCCCUGUGAGCCCCCAGCGCCACGGCACCAUGUUGCUGGUUGAGAAGACGACAGACUCACCGGCGGCCGAGUUCUCGCUGGUGGAGGACGUGGCCCUGCACUUUGCCUGCUUGAUGGGCCGCCUGAACGAGCAGCGCCUCUUCCAGCCUGACCUCUGCGACGUGGACCUGGUGCUGGUCCCCCAGCGCAGCGUCUUCCCAGCACACAAGGGCGUGCUGGCUGCCUACAGCCAGUUCUUCCACUCGCUCUUCACCCAGAACAAGCAGCUGCAGCGCGUGGAGCUGUCCCUGGAGGCGCUGGCCCCCGGUGGCCUGCAGCAGAUCCUCAACUUCAUCUACACGUCCAAGCUGCUGGUCAACGCGGCCAACGUGCACGAGGUGCUCAGCGCCGCCUCGUUGCUGCAGAUGGCCGACAUCGCCGCGUCCUGCCAGGAGCUGCUGGACGCCCGCUCCCUGGGUCCCCCGGGCCCCAGCGCCGUGGCCCUGGCCCCGCCGGCCACCGGGGGCUGCACCCCGGCCGCACCCCCCUACUACUGUGACAUCAAGCAGGAGGCAGACGCCCCGGGCCUGCCCAAGAUCUAUGCCCGUGAGGGCCCUGACCCCUACUCCGUGCGUGUCGAGGACGGGGCCGGGACUGCGGGGGGCCCAGUGCCGGCCGCCAUCGGGCCGGCUCAGCCCUUCUUCAAGGAGGAGAAGGAGGGUGGUGCCGAGGAGGCCAGUGGGCCCCCGGGCAGCCUCUGCAAGCUGGAGGGUGGGGAGGGGCUGGAGGAAGAGCUUGGGGGUUCCGGCACCUACAGCCGCCGGGAGCAGUCCCAGAUCAUUGUGGAGGUGAACCUCAACAACCAGACUCUGCACGUGUCUACGGGGCCUGAGGGCAAGCCAGGCUCCACCACAGGCCCGGCCACCAUGGUGCUGGGCCGGGAGGACGGGCUGCAGAGACACUCAGAGGAUGAGGAGGAGGAAGAGGAGGAGGAGGAGGAGGAAGAGGAGGAGGAAGAGGAGGGUGGCGGCAGUGGAGGGGAGGAAGAGGAAGAGGAGGAAGAGGAAGGUGGCAGUCAGGGAGAGGAGGAAGAAGAGGAGGAGGAAGGGCACAGUGAGCCAGAGGAGGAAGAGGAGGAGGAAGAGGAAGGGCACAGUGAGCAGGAUCAAGAGAGCUCAGAGGAGGAGGAAGAGGAGGAAGAAGGGGGGGAGGCGGGGAGCAGGCAGGGGCCAGCGGGGCGGCGGGGCAGCAGGGCAGAGCCCCCUCCCCACAGCCGCAUGGCCACGAGGUCUCGAGAGAACGCCCGACGCCGAGGCCCCCCUGAGCCCGAGGAGGCCAGGCCUCGGGGUGGGAAGAGGCCCAAGCCUGCCCCAGGGGGAGCCCCUGCAGCGGCCCAAGGGCCACAGGCCACUGACGGGCUGGGGGCCAAGGUGAAGCUGGAAGAGAAGCAGCACCACCCGUGUCAGAAGUGCCCUCGAGUCUUCAACAACCGCUGGUACCUGGAGAAGCACAUGAACGUGACCCACAGCCGCAUGCAGAUCUGUGACCAGUGUGGCAAGCGCUUCCUGCUGGAGAGCGAGCUGCUACUGCACCGGCAGACAGACUGUGAGCGCAACAUCCAGUGUGUGACGUGUGGCAAAGCUUUUAAAAAGCUCUGGUCUCUCCACGAGCACAACAAGAUCGUGCAUGGCUAUGCAGAGAAGAAGUUCUCAUGUGAGAUCUGUGAGAAGAAGUUCUACACCAUGGCCCAUGUGCGCAAGCACAUGGUUGCCCACACCAAGGACAUGCCCUUCACCUGCGAGACCUGUGGGAAGUCCUUCAAACGAAGCAUGUCUCUCAAAGUGCACUCACUGCAGCACUCUGGGGAGAAACCCUUCCGGUGCGAGAACUGCAACGAGCGCUUCCAGUACAAGUACCAGCUGCGCUCCCACAUGAGCAUCCACAUCGGCCACAAGCAGUUCAUGUGCCAGUGGUGCGGCAAGGACUUCAACAUGAAGCAGUACUUCGAUGAGCACAUGAAGACCCACACAGGGGAGAAGCCGUACAUCUGUGAGAUCUGUGGCAAGAGCUUCACCAGCCGCCCCAACAUGAAGCGGCACCGGCGCACACACACUGGCGAGAAGCCGUACCCCUGCGACGUCUGCGGCCAGCGCUUCCGCUUCUCCAACAUGCUCAAGGCGCACAAGGAGAAAUGCUUCCGCGUCAGUCACCCCCUGGCCGGCGACGGCCCCCCUUCCGGCCCCGGCCUGGCCCCGGCCCAGCCUCCCGCGCACACGCUGCCCCUGCUCCCGGGGCUGCCCCAGACCCUGCCUCCCCCGCCCCACCUCCCGCCCCCACCUCCACUCUUCUCUACCACUGCCACUCCCGGUGGGAGGAUGAGCGCCAACAACUGACUGCGGGAGCGCACACGCGGGGGCUCCCGGGGCCGCCUCUGGGAGGGACCCCGGCCCGCCCCUCCUGCCUGGGAUCAGACAGCGACACCGGCCACCCCCAUCUCCAGACGUGGCUGGACCCGUGCCGUUUGAGGCCCCUGACCAUGGGGGUGUGCAGGCUGGUGGCCCCCUGUGCGGGGUGGGGGGGAUCCUCACUCCCAAGUGCCCCCCUUUCAGUGACUCCUUGAAGCCUUUGCCUUUUCUUUUCUUUCUUUCUUUUUUUUUUUUUUUGGAAGUGAAGGAAAAAGAAAAGAGCAACCUAUUUGCAGCACGCCCUCCAGGUGAGGGGGGUGCUGGAAGUCUGCAGGUACAGCAGGGAGGGAGAGCCUGGGAGCAGGUGUGACGGGUCACUCACCUGAGGCCUGAGCUGGAGGGCAUUGCCCAGGCAAGCCCAGGUCAGCUUCAGUGGCUCAUCUCAGCUUCCCUUGUGCCCCCUAACUUGCUCCCUCAUCCUGGAGGCUGUGGGGAAAAGUUGGGGUGUCAGCCUCCCUGGAAGGAGUCGUGGAUCCCGUCUGAGGACUGUGGACAAUGAGGCAGGGCUUGAGUGUGGAUGCCCACGAGUGUGUUGUGGGCGGAGUGGCGAACUGUGAAGGCUGCAGACCCAACUUUGCACCGUGUGCAGUGGGGCAGGCAGGGGCUGGACCCCAGGUGUUUGCUCUCUCACUCACCACCCUGCCGGCAGGCACAGGGAUCCCUGAGCUGUACCAGAUGCCUCGAGGUCACUGAAUCCAGGAGAAGACAUAUCCCCAGAAGCUGCUGGGCCAUGGGGGGCUGGGGGCUCGGCCCCAGGUGGGCAGAUGGGCUGGCUCCCGCAGCUCUAGAUGCCGGGGACUGCAGUCCAAGAGUCCCUGCAACUGGGUGAACCCCAAGGGCAGGUCCUGAGAAGGAGGCCAUGUUUGAAGGUUUCAAGGUGCUAUCAGUGGGGCAGGGGGCAGGGCAGCUGUUCAUAGCGCACCCAGGUCCUCACGAGCUGCCCUGGUUGUCUCUCCCACGCCAGAGGAGAUGUUUGUGUCUGUCUCAUCCCUGCUCUGAAGGCAGAGGCCUCAUCUUCUUCCUGGGCCUGGCCACAACCCACUCCAGGCCGGUGUGCAGCCUCCCUGUCCUUGCAGGGCCUCUGCACCAUGGGCAGGGUGCCUGUAGCCCUGGUGAUGAGAGGCACCUACACAUUCAGGCCCCAGGGUGGGGGGUCAGGGUUUUGGGGGAGCCCCAGCCCGUGCCCAAUGCUUGCCCCCAUGAGGCCAGCACUAAUAGGACACCCUUUUUUGUUGUCAUUUAAUGUCUUCAUUCUUGCCUCACAAAUGGGGAGGAAGGUUCCAUAAGCUACGUGUUUCCUAGUUAAGCUCUUUCCUUUUGUGUUUAUACAGUUUUGUUUGUUAUACUCUGCACCUUAAACCCCCACGACUACCCUCACACCACCACCUUCCCAAGCAUGGCUGGAGUGGGAAGAGGCCUAAGCCCAAGGAGGACAGUGGCAGGGGGCGGGGUUGGGGGUAGGGGACUGGGCCCCAUCAGCCCAAGGGCUGAAGGGGUUGGAACCCCUCUGACCUCCUUGUGAGGCCCAUGGCGCUGGGUGGGGGCUGGGGACAUUUUAAUCAUCAAUAAACGAAGCACUUUAUUCUGUACAGA